AUUUUAUGCGGAAUGCAAUAUUGCUGCGUUCGAAAAUAUCUACAUUGGACAUCACCCAUUACCAAUGAAAUUCCGAUGAGUGAAAUCAUCACUCUGAGAAAUAAUCUUCCAAAGAGAAGACCGAGCGAAGAAUAUGUCAAGCUGUGUGCAACUUUUACUCGAAUGAUUUAAAUCGCUAGUGUAAUUUAAAUAGCCGACACGUGCAUUAUAGAUAAAAAUGUAAGAUAACUACUCUAAUAGAGAGCAAUAGUAUGUAUUUCCUAUCUACUGAUACAAAAUGAUGCGAAUGCUAACGCAUCAUUGACCUUCGAACGAUUAAAAUGCGAAUUGAACGAAACGGAUCCAAUCGAAGAUUAAAGUCGUAAUAGAACACGGGUUAAGUGAAUCAUUCACAGACACGUAUACAGGGGACACUCAUCACUGGAAGUAUUUUACGCAGAUGUGCCGAGCGACGCGUGCCCCAGGAUCCAGUGGUGGUGGAAAUGCCUCUUCGGCCAGCUUUUACAGGGGAGCGCCUGACCCCCCCGUGUACACGUACACACACGUGCGAGAUAGGGAACCGGGAGUCACACCUGGCCCUUAAAAAUAGCAUUGGCGUGAUUUUGUGACGUCGUUCGUGGCGUGCGCGCUGUAUAAUGUAAAAAUGCAUAUAUGUGCAAUCGUCAAAGUGUUAAUUUUUAAUUUUAUUAUCUUAGCUUCACUUCAAUUUGCUUGUCCAACUUAAUCUUCUACUCUUUUCAUUCGUAUUAUUAAUAUUACUUUUAUUACUGUAUUGUUGCAUUUGUUGCCUUGCUACCUUUCUAAUGUUUAUUCUAAUCAGUAUUAAUCCUGAAUUACAACUUCAUAUAAAACACUACGAUUAAUAAGAAUCCUCCUAUGGUUUUAAAAACCAAUCGAACGUAGUUCCUGUUCACGCCAUUGCAUCCCCGCCGAGUAGAAUGCACCUAGUUACGCUUUGGCGGUUACACAAGGGUCACAUAUGCCGUGGUAUACGGGGGUACACGUACUGUAUAAAGGUAUGCAACCCCGUGGACGCGACAAAAGAGAAGGGGAGGAGCUGUAUUUUUAUACGGGUUGGCUUUCGAGCUCGAGGCGGGGAGAGUAGCGCGACUUACGGGAGGAAGUCGGAAGCGGCACUAUUCGAGUCAGUCGUUCGCGAAGCACCAAUACGUUUGGAUCGAUUACCUUGUUUCCAAUUGAUUAUAGAUUUUGUCCAUUAAAGAACAGGUCAACGUAGAAACAUUGAAUUCGUAAAGUUAUUGGAAAUCGAUCAUCAAACGAUACAGUGAUGAUCCUAUCAAGCGUUUAAAUUAGAGCCAUUUGUUUAAAAGUGUUUAAAACUUAAUUUUAUCGUUAGUGCGAAGGAAUGUUUUCGGCGCAAACGUGAAAAACGAUCGGAUUCUCCAUGGGGGUUGUUACGGACACCAUAAGGUCCUCCUGGCACGCGACCUGUGGGAGGGUCGUUUCGCUCUGUUGAAUCGUGAAACUACCCUACCGUGCGAUCGCGUUAUUCCGCUGCUCAUCCUCGUCGUUGCCACGGGAGCUUCAAAGUGAACUUUUCAAAACUCUCUAAUCUUCGCUCUAACGACGUCGGUUGUACAAGGAAUUAAACUUCGAUCAACGUAAAAGUCGGUCGUGGAAAAUUGAUAAAAAAUGAGCGCGUUCAAGAGACAUCAAAGCAAAGUGUUCUGGAAUCAUAUGGCUACGCAGGAUCUAGAAAGUGUAGAUCCUUUUGUCGCGAGAAACGAUUUCACCAGGUCUAAGCAGAAUCAUGGACCCAUCCACGAUAUACCCGAAGAGGAAGCGGAAGAACGAUCGUCCAGCAUCAACGAAAGCGACACGUUCGAAACUGCGAACGUAACAGCGAUUCGGGUUUGCCCGAACGGGAAUGAAAAUUCGCAGGACCUCUAUCAUGCGACAACGAUUCACGAAGGAAACGAUCUGAUGACUCAGACGGUAACUAUGGAUAUAAAGGACGAAGACAAAGAAGAUGAGGAAAAUGUAGCUGUUCCGAUAAAUCGAUCUUGCAGUCCUUUGAGUCAGGAUCUGAGGAGCCUGGAUUCUGGCUUCUCCGAUUCCGAACGAUCGAACUGCUCCGAAUUAUACGAGAACGAAACACCGCGACGCCGUAGAAGGCGGAAACGAGUGAGAGAUCGAAAACAUGGAAUACAUUCGCGAGCCGGUGCCACUUGGCUGGAACACGAGACUCUUCCGGAUCCUACGUACACUUCGACGCCCAAGGACUCCCGAAUUUUACCUCGGAAUACAAUGGUCCUUAAUGCGUAUACCGCGCGAAGCGUGCCGAGAAUGCAAAGAACGGAGGAGGAUCAAGUAGAUGCAUCAGCAAUCCCAACGUCCAUCUCGUUGGAUGACGAAUGUCUUGGCGAUUUCCUGUACGCAGCCGAACCACCAGAGGAUGCCGCGGAACCGAGAAGCGGUAACUCCUCGAUAACGACGAACUCUUACGAGGCCGAGUCAACGUCCAAGUCCCUCCAACAUUGCAGGACCUACAGACAAUCGUCUUCGGUUAGAGCGUGGCUAAGCAAUCUCGCGAUGGAAACCGAAACCGAGUGUAAUAAUACUCUCCAAAGUAAAGCUCUGCCACGACGGAAACAUCGUGAGUUAUUGAGCGAAAAGGAUGAAAUGAACGACCUGAAGACUCUGUCCUCUUUAGCUACAGCAGCUGCGAAUAAACUGUUGAUAAGGGCAGAGCAAUUCGACAAACAUUACGAAUAUAUUUUUGACAAAGUGUCGCAUUUAGAAAGAGGCAGAUCGGAGAAAGAACUUUUACGUGCCAUCGAGGACGAUGCCUUUUCCGUCCUUUCAGAGUUGGGUGCACCGCCUCCUCGUAGAAUACAACAGACCAGCUUGAAAGGAAUACUGUCGCAGCUGGAAAGCAUCAAGAAUUACGUAGACAGCGCUGUGGAUACUCGUUUAGAUUUUUAUAUCGAGAAAAUAGUCAGAGGGUUAGAAGAAUCGCCAAAGGACGAGACCACGGUAGCUAGAGGUUCCUUAGCAGCUCUGACUGCUCUAGGUUUAGCAGGACCUCGGGCAGGAAGUAGCAUCACCAGAUGUUCAGGUAUCAGGGCGCUUCUGACGUCUCUCCUCACCGCUGGAAGGACGUCGAUCGACUUCGUUACAGCUUCUUUACGGGCUUUGGCAAGCGUGUGUUCUUCUGCCACGGCGAUUCACCAGUUCGUUAAAGACGGAGGUCCAGAGAUACUGACGGAUCUGCUAAUCGCAGAGAAAAUGUCUGAGAAAGAAAAAAUGGAAGCAACCGCGUUAGUCGUACAAAUAACUGCGCCAUGGGUCAAUGCUUUAGGUCUACCUUACUUGGAACCUUUUGCAAAAGACUUAAUUCCUUCCUUGAAUCGUCUAGUCGAGAGUACUAAUUGCGGGCAAACAUUGUUACUGGUCGCAGCUGCGUUCAAUCAUCUCUCCAAGUCCAGGAAGUGCGCCUUCGUGAUAUUGGAACACGGAACUGUAAAGAAAUUGUUGAAAACUGUUAAAAAGUCGACUGGAAAAAACGUUUGGUUGAUGGAACAAGUGGCAGCUCUUAUCAGUGAACUGGCGCGCAUCCCUGAGGCUCGACCACACCUGGCGGAAGCUCGAGCCUCUAUCGCGUUGGUUUCCUUUCUCAGAAUGAGACCCCCGGGCUUAGAAGACGCUUACAGACGUUUAGAAAUUACUGCCGCGGCCGCGCUCACAAGACUGUGCGUAGAUCCAGAGAUUGCGAGGCAAGUAGUUGCUGUCGGAGGCGCGGAUUGCCUUCCAUCGUGCAGAAUUGAUGAUCUUCUUACGGAAGAUGAAGACCAAAUUGAGGCGGGACUGCUGAAAUAUACGAAGUCAUUGAGGAAAGCGUGUAGAAGAGCAGCAAAACAAAUUGAUAUUGCAAAGGCUAGCGAUUAUAGUACCUUAAGUUAAAGAUGUACUGACAAGAAGAGCCACGUUAAUCGAUGAACUUCUACAAUGUAUAAUUUUUAAUAUUAAUUAUUUACUUAUAAAUAGUAUGUAUCGCAAUAAACUAAUAUGAUAUAGAAUUAUUUUUUAAA